AUGUCUUCAAUGGACAAGUCCCAGACCAACCACUACCUCGACCUCGCCGACCAAAGCAUCUUCGAGAUCCUUGCCAAAGACGACGGCUCCGACAAGACCACCACGUGGAGCCACGUCAAGGACACUGACGGCGUCUCUGUCGACCGCGGUAUCAACGCCCACUCGCCAUGGAACGCCAUCAAGGCCACGACGACGGUCCACUGCAGCGCCAACGACCUCGCGUCCAAGCUCAACGACCCACAGCAGAUGCACAUCUUUGACGAGAUGACCGACAACUGCCGCAUCAUCGAGGCGCUCAACCCGGCCGAGACCAAGACGAUCCGGUAUGUGCAGGCCAAGCCGGUGUUUCCGACGACGGCACGCGACUUUCUCGUCGUGACGAGCGAGCAGCGCCUCGAGGACGGCUCCAUCGUCAUUGGCACCAAGAGCGUCGAGCAUGAUAGCGUGCCGGUCAGCAAGCACUUUGUGCGCGCGCACACGCACGUGUCGGGGUACAUUAUUCGUCCGCUGACGCCGACGUCGUGCUCGGUGACGUUGAUUGUGCACAUGGACCUCGGCGGCUACAUGCCGGCGUACGUGAUCAACCUCUUGUCGGUGGCGUCGCCGAUCCAGUUGCUGAAGCGGUUCCGUGUUCUGUACGGUCGCGCGUAA